GAAAAUGUGGACCUGUUAUCAGUUCGGUUACAGUGUAUUCCUUUUUCUGGCUAUGAUUACAGGUAUCGAAGCAAGUGAAUCCCAAUCAAACUGGAGUGUUGAUGAAUCUGGCAAAAUCAAGCCGAUUAUGUUUGACGAAGACGAAAUUGAUCCAGCAGCCUCUGAUGUUGACAGCCAGCGUAAUCGAUAUCCCUUUGUUGGAGAAGAGUGGCGCUUGAAUCAAAGUGAUGGCAAAUCAUUUUCGCUGGAUCUCCAGAUAAACAGUAGCACGAGCAACGCAAGUUCUGUUUCAGACAAAAAGGACGCUGUUUGGCCUUAUUUUUACACGGGCUGUUCGUGGCUGCCCAUCAAUCACAUUUCGUUCCAGUUUGCCCACGUUUUUCUCUGCCUGUCUUACUUGGCACCACCCGGACUUUAUGGACUCAUUUACCUACGUCUGGUGCUGGCCAUCGGUUCUGCGCUAUUGGCCGCUUGGGCGUGUUUCAUCAUAUGCGCAUUUGACACUUUCAUCUGGAACAGCCUGUUCCUCCUCGUUAAUGCUGUACACGCUAUUGUACUGGUUAUCUCAUUGCGAACAGUACAAUUUGGGCCACAAAUGGAACAGGUGUACGCGGACAUCUUCCAGCCGCUGAACGUGUCGAAGAGACAAUUCAAAGCCGUGGCCAAAUGCGUCGCAUCCAUCCGGCUUAUGAAAAGAGGCGAAUACUUCUCUGUUGAAAAAGACACGAAAGUUGAAACACUUUCUUUGUUGCUGUCUGGCAGGAUGUUGAUUAGCCAGAAUGGCAAAAUGCUUCAUUUGAUUCACCCAAUGCAAUUCCUCGAUUCCUGCGAGUGGUUUCAGGUUUCUUCUGACGACGUGUUCCAAGUGAGUAUCCGAGCUUGCGAAGAAUCACGGGUAUUGCUUUGGCGUUGUGAUGACCUGAGAGCGAUCCUUCAAAAGGGCAUCCUGCAAUCAGUUUUACAUGAAAUUCUGGGUCGGGACGUCGUUCAGAAAUAUUACCAGGUGAGAGAAAAAAUUGCCAGUUCCAAUGGAAUCCCACUAUUCAAAACGAACCUCAUAAAUAACGAGUAA